AUGGCUGACCGUCUGGUUAAUUAUUCCAUCGACAACAACUUCCUUUCCACCUCGCAGAAAAGCGCCAGACCCUCGGAAGGUUGUUAUGAACAUACAUUCAUAUUGCAGUCCCUUGUCCUUGAUGCUAAACGACAUCAGAAAAACCUUUUCCUCUCUUGGUUAGAUCUCCGUAACGCUUUUGGUAGUGUCCCACAUGACGUCAUCUCAAUCACUCUAUCCCAUCUCGGUGUUCCUGACUCUGUGGUAAAUCUUGUAAAGAACGUUUAUACAAAUGCCACCACCGAAGUUCGUACCCCAGCUGGAGUUACUCCCGGUAUUGCCAUCAACUCGGGUGUUAAGCAGGGCUGUCCUUUAUCUCCCAUAUUGUUUAAUUUAUGCAUUGAAAUCAUCAUACGUGCUAUCUCUGCAACAGGACAUAAUAUCGGUCCAGCUAAACACUUCAAUGGUGAGAUUUCAGUUCUUGCAUAUGCCGACGAUCUAGUGCUAAUAGCUAAGAGCAAGGAAAAACUCCAACAACUUCUUGAUGCGGCAUCCUCCUCUGCUAAUUUAAUCGGCCUAGAAUUCCGUCCGGACAAAUGUGCUUCCCUUUGUAUGACCUACGACAAGAAAUUUCAGGAUAACAUCCAACUGUUCAAAUUCCGUGUCCAAGACAAAGAUAUACCUGCUCUGAAAGAACAUGAACACUAUCGAUAUUUAGGUGUUCCUAUUGGCGUUAUUCAUGAUGUUGAGUGUCUUGAAUCCCUAGUUGAUGAUCUCUGUAAUGACCUGGAGAGAAUAGAAUCAUCUCUGUUGGCUCCGUGGCAGAAACUGGAUGCAAUAAGAACUUUCGUCCAGCCAUGUUUAACCUUUGCAUUACGUGCAGGUGAGCCUCGGAAAGCGUCCCUGGCCAAAUAUAGAAAGAAACUAGUUGAAGUUGUUCGUGCUAUAUGUAACCUGCCCCUCAGAGCUACUUCCCAUAUCAUCUUUGCUUCAUCAAAAGUGGGUGGUCUUGGUUUUCAGGAUCCAUUGACGGAAGUUGACAUUCAAACAGUCGUGCAAGCAAUUAAAAUGUUGUCAUCCACUGAUCCCUUUGUCUCUGCUGUUGCAAAAGGUGAGCUGAGUAGAGCGGUUAGAUUUGCUGUGCAAGCAGACCCGUCCCCAGCAUUGAUCCAUGAUUUCUUGUCCGGCUGUACGAAAGGCAAAUUCCAUCCUGACCGCAUGCGUUAUCGCACCCACUCCCUGUGGACGAGAGCCAGGUCUGCCUGCCGACGCCUCGGAAUUUCUUUCAAUGUUCCUGAUAACGAAGCACCUUCCAUCUCCACCGACACCAAAGGCCCGUGCCUAGCGAGAGCUUCCUCUACAUUCCUUCAUCGCCUCGCCCAAGAUCGUGCUUCUGCUAAGUUGACGGCCCUCCCUGACCAAGGAAAGGUUGCUCGAGCCCUAAUCAAGGAUGCCUUUAGUAAUGGUUCGUCCUGGUUAUUCAAUGGCCUGAAUAUGAGGUUUAAGGACUGGCGAUUUAUUCAUCACGCAAGACUGAACGUCGUACCAACUAACCAAAACAAAUCACGUUGGUCCGAUUGCUCUACCCUCUGCCGUGUUUGUAACUCCCACCCUGAAACCUUACCCCACAUCGUCUGUCAUUGCAACACCCACCUGGUUCAGAUUCGUGAUCGUCAUAACACCGUUGUUGAACGACUCAAGAAAGCUGUCCGAUACGGCUCCGUACGUGUUGAUCAACAGGUUCCUGGUGUUGAUGAUGAGUGUCGUCCUGACAUUCUCAUCGAUGAAGGACGUGAAGUUACCAUCAUUGACGUUACCUGUCCCUUUGAGAAUGGUGAUGAUGCGUUGGCCACAGCCGAUUACAACAAGCUCAUCAAAUACGAUCACCUCAAGCAGCACUUCCAUCAACUUGGUGUUAAAUGUAACCUUUUCGCAUUUGUGAUUGGAGCGUUAGGUACCUGGCAUCCGAACAACGAAGCCGUACUCAAUCAAUUGCGUAUGUCGAAGACUUACAAAUCACUCUUCAGAAAAUUAUGCUGUUCCGACGUCAUCCGAGUAUCUGCGGAUAUUUAUUAUAGUCACAUGAAUGACUUUCAAUAG